CAGAGCAGACAGUGAUCUCUAUCACUUACAGUGCACCAUGUGUUACCUAGUAUAGAGUCACUGCUUUCUUAUCUGUCAUUUACCCAGAGGAAUGACACUGGGAGCCUGUGUCUGAUGUCCACAGAGUCUGGGAGACAGGCAUCACAAUCCUGAGCCAGAAAGUGUAUUAUAAGACAUGGGAAAUGGCUCCAUGAAACCCAAGCCAUUGAGGCAGCCACAUGGACAACUACUGAACUUCUCUGUCAGUGCCUGUAGUAGUCUUCACAAUUCAGAUGCAACUGAUGGAAAAGUUUGGGAACUUGAGAGAGAGCUCAGGUUGAAGGACGAGGAACUUCUCAAAAAAGAACACAUAUUUCAGGAGUUGCAGGUGCAGUUUACCAAGCAAACUCAAGCGAUUUCUGAAAUCACAGAAGAACUUCAAAGCAAGUGUGUUCAACUUAACAAACUGCAGGAUGUUAUUAAUAUUCAUGGGGGGCAGUCUUUAACACCCACUUUAAAAAUGUUGCAUUCUUCCCCAACUAAACAUCUCCAGACAUCACCUUCAAGAGCUUUACAAACUUCACCAUUUAAGACUUUGUCUGGGUUUUUUAACAACAGCAAAAGAAAAGGAGCCAAGGAGGGGAUAUCUGCUGAACCAACUACCUGGCUAUAUGACCAAAGCAAUGCACCAAAGUUUUCAUUUGAGAAAGCUUGUGUUAGGAAAGAUUUAAGUGAGAAAAAACUUAUAACGGAUGCAUUGUACAAGAAUCAGUUUCUAAAACGACUUGAUCCUCAUCAAAUCCAGGACACGAUAGAAUGCAUGUACGAAAGAAGAUAUGCCCAGGGAGAAUAUAUUAUAAAGCAAGGCGAACCAGGCACUCAUAUCUUUGUAUUAGCUGAGGGUAAAACAGACGUCUUCCAGCAAAAUAAACUACUAACCUCCAUCCCUGUAUGGACAACCUUCGGAGAACUGGCAAUACUCUACAACUGCACAAGAACAGCUUCAGUCAAAGCUAUAAGCAAUGUUAGGACAUGGGCUCUUGACAGAGAAGCAUUUCAAAAUAUUAUGAGAAGGACGGCACAAACCAGGCAUGAGGAGUACCGGAACUUUCUUAAAAGUGUAUUUUUAUUUAAGAAGCUUCCAGAAGACAAGUUGAUGAAGAUAGCAGACUGCUUAGAACUGGAAUAUUAUGAAAAGGGGCAUUACAUUAUUCGCGAAGGAGAGGAGGGAUGCACAUUCUUUAUCAUUGCUAAAGGAAAGGUAAAAGUUACACAAACUACCGAAGGCUGUGAUGAACCACAAUUAAUUAAAACAUUAGAAAAAGGAGAUUACUUUGGGGAAAAGGCCCUUAUUAGUGAUGAUGUCAGAUCAGCUAACAUUGUUGCAGAUGAUGAUGAUGGAGUUGAGUGUUUAGUCAUGGAUCGAGACACAUUCAAUCAGAUAGUGGGAACAUAUGCUGAACUGCAAAAGUACCUUGAGGGCUAUGUGGCCAACCUGACUCUUGAUGAUGAAAGAAGACAUGCCAAGAAGUCCACAGAAGGACAACUUGAGAGAGUAUUGUCACUGGAAACAAUACAGAUGAAAGAAAGAGCUUUUAGACUUUGCUCUUCAUCACCAUUUAAUGACCUAGAGGUUAUCACCACACUGGGUGUUGGUGGGUUCGGACGAGUGGAACUUGUAAAAGUGAAAAAUGAGAACUUAGCAUUUGCUAUGAAAUGCAUUAAGAAGAAGCAUAUUGUGGAUAACAGACAACAAGAACAUAUCCACUCUGAAAAGAAUAUACUAGAAGAAGCUAAUUCACCAUUUAUAGUAAAAUUAUACCGAACCUUUAAAGAUUCAAAAUACGUAUAUCUCCUGCUGGAAGCUUGUCUGGGGGGAGAACUUUGGAGUCUCUUAAGAGAUAGAGGAAGCUUCGAUGAGAUGACUGCUAAAUUUUGCGUUGGAUGCGUAACUGAGGCUUUUGAGUAUCUGCAUCGCAUAGGUGUCAUGUACCGAGAUUUAAAGCCAGAAAAUCUACUUCUAGACUCAGAAGGCUAUGUAAAACUGGUUGAUUUUGGAUUCGCUAAGAAGCUCUUUUCUGGCCAAAAAACAUGGACGUUCUGUGGGACACCAGAAUAUGUUGCUCCAGAAGUCAUUUUAAAUAGAGGCCACAGCUUCAGUGUUGAUUUUUGGUCACUUGGCAUAUUAUUAUAUGAACUACUCACAGGAAGCCCUCCUUUUACUGGGCCAGACCAGAUGAUGGUCUACAAUUUAAUUCUCCAAGGCAUAGAGAAAGUGGAUUUUCAUAGAAAAAUAUCGAGACGUCCCGAAGAUUUGAUACGACGGCUGUGCAGACAGAACCCUGCAGAAAGACUUGGAAAUCUGAAGAAUGGAAAAGCUGACAUUAGGAAACACAGGUGGUUUAAUGGCUUUAACUGGGAAGGACUAAGUUCAAGAAGUCUGCCAUCACCCUUAAAACAGGAGCUUGAUGGUCCCAUGGAUCACAGCUAUUUUGACAACUAUCCACCAGAUGAUGAAACACCCCCUAAUGAGAUGUCUGGGUGGGAUCAAGAUUUCUGAAAACACUUCUACAAAUUAUGACAAUCUUGGAGUUCAUAUAAGAGAAAUUGAAAAUAUUCUUAGAGGCCAAUAGAAAAUGUUAGAUGGCCAUACAUGUCACAUGUCACAUGUCUGUUGGUUGCUUGGAGCUGGAAAAAAAUUGUCAUAAUCAUCCAAACAUUUUUAAAAUGAAAAGGGGCCCUAAUAACUAUAGGAAACCUUGCAAAUUGGUAAGGAGUACAUUUAUCACCAUCAUCAAUGAUUUCUGUUUAGUACCAGCCUUCAUGUUCAUUCAUUUUACAGUCUGGAAAAUUACAAAAAAUUCAAUUUGUCUGCAAAAUUGUGUUAUCUUAAAAUAUUUGUGUUGGACAUAAUUUAUAAGAUAUAACAUGUAUUAUAAACAAAGACUAGAAUGUAUCUGCCAUGUCUAAAGAUCUAUCUAUCUAUCUAUCUAUCUAUCUAUCUAUCUAUCUAUCUAUCUACUCAAAAACAUUAUAUAUCAUUACGUUAUUAUUUUCAAUAACAUAACCUAUGAUUUUAUGUAUUAUUUUUUGUAGUGUUAUUGUGUUUUUAUUUUUUAUUAUAAAUAU